AAAGACGAAAAUGCGCUGGACAAAUGGGUUGUAACAACGGAUGCGGAUCAUCGGGAAGGUAAAAGUAUGGCGAAGCUGGAAUUAAGUGCAGCUGGAGCUGGGCUUUUCCAUGGUGAUGUCAAUUCGGAGCACGUUAAGGAUGGUAUAGUGAAACGAACUGGCUACGCGAAUAUACGGACAAAACGAGUGCGGCGCUCUUUUAAACGUGAGUCAACAUACGACUGGACACAGUAUAAUACCUUAGUCAUGAAAGUGCGUGGAGAUGGCCGUAACUACCUAAUUAAUCUUCAUACUGAAGGAUACUUCGACCUGCAAUGGAAUGAUGUAUAUCAUUUUGUACUAUUUACUCGGGGUGGCCCACAUUGGCAAAUCGUGAAGAUUCCUUUUUCAAAGUUCUUCCUAUCUUCAAAAGGCCGCAUUCAGGACAAGCAAGGUCCGAUUCGUUUAGAUCGUGUCACGCACUUUGGGCUCUCGGUAGGAGCGAAAAACAACAUGGAUGGUCCCUUUAAAUUAGAAAUCGAAUAUAUUGGGUUAGAAUUCGACCCGAAUCGUCGUGAAGAAUUUGCCUAUGAAAUGUACAANUAA